UUUGCCUCGACCUCGACAGCCUCUUUCCUUUGCUUCGUUGCCGCUCUUCACCCUGCUUCUCCCUACGAAUUCAACACGCCCGACGCUUUACACGUCGACCCCAGUGCGUGUCGGAGGAGGAGGAGUGAGAGGAGGGUGGGCGGCGACAAGCUGGUAGUCCAAUGGUAGCGCCAUUGCAAUGAGUCUCCGAUUAAGUAGGAGCUUAUCGUCAUCGGCUACCGACCCACGAUUAUCUUCGCUCCGCCGUCUUCGGACCACCAUGGCUCAGUUGCAGCAGGGGACGCUUCUUAAUCAUCGGGGAAUGUCAAUUUGCUCAACUUUAUUUUGUACUGGAGAACUGUUUACGAGGUCAUUUAACCUUAAAACUCGAAGCGCACCUAGUGCGCUCAUGACUAAACAUCUUAAGAAUCAGGAAGCUGUUAAUGGCUUUACAAGGUUUCAUGGCGGUCCGUCUUUUGGCCUUUUACAUGCUAGACCUGUACUUUCGAGCAUUGCAGCAGACAGGUCAUUCUUUAGCAUUCGAUUGAAAUUCCCUGGUAAUGAAGCUUUGGCUACCAGGUUUUACUCUCAAAGUUCUCGACCAUUUAAUCAAAAUGAUGAUGCCUCUGUAAGGGAUGGGAUAAGAGGUGUCACUGGAUUGGGUUUUAAGGGUUUCAAAAAAAAUUGGAAGAAGGCAAAGCAGUUGGCUGAUCAAAGUAAAAAGUCUGCUGCUUCUUUGCCCAUUGUAUCAGAAUCUUCGAAAGAGGAUAUCUCCGUAGAUGUCCAAGAAAAAAUUGCUGAUACAGCAAAAGAAGUAAACUUGAGUUCAUCAUCUAUGACAUCACUUGCUAGUGGAGCUAAACAGGAUAAGAGCAUUAGGAGACGAGAGCUUGCACGGAGCAAAAAGAGCAAAGAACAAAAGCGCGAUCCUUUGAAGAAAGAUUCUAAAAGUGCUGCUCGAGGAGAAGUGUCAGACCAGAAGAAAGGUGAAUCCUUGUCUGCAUCGAAUUUGAAGUCAGGCGGAAGUCAUCCUGACUCGAAGGAACUCCUAGAGGCUCCUGCUUCUGCAAAAAAAAGUUUGGGCAAGAAAGUGCGAAAUUCUAAACAAAAAUCUGUGAAGACAUCUGUUGAGCCAAUGGGAGAAAAGAAAGAUCAAGCAAUCAACAAAGUGAGUUCGCCAAGUCAGAGGAUUUUGAAGUCUUUUUAUCCCCCUGAGGGGAGAUCUGUUGUGGUUGUAGAAUCUGUUACAAAAGCAAAGGUUAUUCAAGGCUAUCUUGGUGAUAUGUCUGAAGUUAUUCCAAGCUAUGGCCAUGUAAGGGACUUGGCAGCACGAUCAGGAUUUGUUCGUCCUGAUGAUGACUUUAGUAUGGUCUGGGAGGUGCCAUCUGCUGCUUGGACCCAUCUGAAGAGUAUCAAGGUUGCCCUAAGCGGAGCAGAUAAUCUAAUUCUAGCUUCAGAUCCUGAUCGUGAGGGCGAGGCUAUUGCUUGGCACAUCAUUGAGAUGUUGUAG